CAACCGUGCGCGCGGACAGGAGCGGCGCGGCGCCGAGCUAGCCGAGGCGAGGUCCCGGGCGGGCGCGGCGGCGCGGGGCGCAGGGGCGGCGCGGCGGGGCCGCGGGCCGGGCGGGUGGGCGGAGAGCGCGGAGGGGCGAGGCCCGGCUGCAGGGGCCGCUCGGCCCUGGGGAGCCCGCGCCCCGCUCAGCCUUGCAGCCCCGCGCCGGGAGCAUCUCCUUGGAGGAACGGAGACAAAGGAGGAUUCAUGUCCAAAGGGCUCCCAGAGACCAGGACGGACACAGCCAUGUCAGAGCUGGUGCCUGAGCCCAGGCCUAAGCCAGCAGUGCCUAUGAAGCCCAUGAGCAUCAACUCCAACCUGCUGGGCUACAUUGGCAUCGACACCAUCAUCGAGCAGAUGCGGAAGAAGACCAUGAAGACCGGGUUCGACUUCAACAUCAUGGUUGUUGGCCAGAGUGGACUGGGCAAAUCAACACUGGUCAACACGCUCUUCAAAUCCCAAGUGAGCCGCAAGGCCUCCAGCUGGAACCGGGAGGAGAAGAUCCCCAAGACGGUGGAGAUCAAAGCUAUCGGGCAUGUGAUAGAGGAAGGUGGUGUCAAAAUGAAGCUGACCGUCAUCGAUACCCCAGGCUUUGGAGACCAAAUCAACAAUGAAAACUGCUGGGAGCCCAUUGAGAAGUACAUCAAUGAGCAGUAUGAGAAGUUCCUGAAGGAGGAGGUGAAUAUUGCCAGGAAGAAACGCAUCCCUGACACUCGCGUCCACUGCUGCCUUUACUUCAUCUCCCCCACAGGACACUCCUUGCGACCUCUGGAUCUUGAAUUCAUGAAACACCUCAGCAAGGUUGUGAACAUCAUUCCUGUCAUCGCUAAGGCUGACACCAUGACCCUGGAGGAGAAGUCUGAAUUCAAGCAAAGGGUUCGCAAGGAGCUUGAAGUAAAUGGCAUUGAAUUCUACCCACAGAAGGAAUUUGAUGAGGAUUUGGAGGAUAAGACGGAGAAUGACAAAAUCAGGCAGGAGAGCAUGCCGUUUGCUGUGGUGGGAAGUGACAAGGAGUACCAAGUGAAUGGCAAGCGGGUCCUUGGCCGAAAAACUCCAUGGGGGAUCAUCGAAGUGGAAAACCUCAACCACUGUGAGUUUGCCCUGCUUCGAGACUUUGUCAUCAGGACCCACCUCCAGGACCUCAAGGAAGUGACACACAACAUCCACUAUGAGACUUACAGGGCCAAGCGGCUCAAUGACAAUGGAGGCCUCCCUCCGGGAGAAGGCCUCCUGGGCACUGUCCUUCCACCUGUGCCAGCCACCCCCUGCCCCACUGCUGAAUGAAGGCCAUUUCAAGCGCUGCUUCUCCCUCCAUUCCUCUCAGCUGUUAUUGCUGCAGGGCCAAGCCCUUUUUAGUGCUGUGCUUGUCCAGCUCACCACCACAGUCCUUCUCAACCCUCAGUAGGUAGGAGGGGCCAGCUGCCUCUAGGACAGUUGCUUCUUCCACUUAUCCAAACCACUCCUCUCCUCCCAGUGGAGUGGGGUUCUGCCAGCACUGCCCUACUGCAUCGUCUGUGUCAGCCGGUCCCAGGCCAUCUGCAGGGCAAAA